AACAAGUUUCAAGAAAAGGAGAACUUGAGGCCUGCAUUUGUGUGGUUGGCCUUGUUUGUACUCCUCAUCAGUAGCAGUUGGGCAGUCUACCAUUUUCAGUUUCAGAGUCUCCCAACACCUAUUGAUGCUGAACAAGCAGGUGAACAAGGUUUCUCAGAAGCCUCAGCACUGGAGCAUGUCAAGUUCUUGACAAGUUUGGGACCUCAUUCUGUUGGUUCAGAUGCUCUGGAUGUUGGAGUACAGUAUGUUUUGGCAGAAGCAAAUAAGAUACAGCAAACUGUUAAUGGGAAGGUCAAUGUCCAAGUGGAUUACUGAGCGGAUAAUGGCGCAAAUCGCCUCUCUGGAGGAUUAUUUAAUGGAAAAACACUUGUGUAUUCGGAUUUGAAGCAUGUGUUAUUGAGGCUCUCUCCCAAAGAUCUAACUGGAGCAGAAAAUGAUGCAAUUCUGGUUUCUGCUCACAUUGACACGGUUUUUAGUGCGGAAGGUGCUGGUGAUGACACUUCAUCUGUGGCUGUGAUGUUGGAGCUUGCUCGAGGACUAUCUCAGAGCGCUCAUGAUUUUAAACAUCCUGUUAUCUUCUUUUUUAAUACCGGAGAAGAGGAGGGCCUUACUGGUGCUCACAGCUUUAUAACACAGCAUCCUUGGCGUACUACAAUUCGAUAUGCGAUUGACUUGGAAGCAAUGGGGAUUGGCGGUAAAUCAAGCAUAUUUCAGAGCGGUCCUGAAUCAUCAUUCCCUAUUGAAAAUUUUGCAAAGGUGGCAAAAUACCCAUCAGGUCAGAUCAUUACGCAGGAUCUCUUCAGUUCUGGAAUACUAAACUCUGGAACUGAUUUCCAAGUAUAUAAAGAAAUUGGUGGUCUAUCUGGGCUUGACUUUGCAUUUACUGAUAGAACCGCAGUUUACCACACAAAGAAUGACAAACUGAAGAUGCUGAAGCCAGGAUCUCUUCAGCAUCUUGGAGACAAUAUGUUGCCAUUUCUGCUUCAAGUUGGAACGUCAGAAGAUCUUCCCAAUGAAUUAUCGCAUAAACGUGGAGGGACUUCUGAAGACAGUCCUAUUUAUUUUGAUGUUCUGGGUGUCUACAUGGUUGUGUUCCCGCAACAUCUUGCAACCAUGAUUCAAAUUUCAGUAAUAGUACUGGCACUUCUAAUCUUGGCAAUUUCAUUACUGAUGGGCGGUAUUUCGAAUGCUAUAUCAUUCGGUUUAGCAUGUUUAAGCAUCGUGCUCAUGUGGAUAUUUUCGCUGAGUUUUUCAGCUAUAGUUGCUUUUAUCCUACCGCAAAUUUCUUUCUCCCCUAUACCUUACAUUGCAAAUCCAUGGAUGAUUCUUGGUUUAUUUGGUGCACCUGCAUUACUUGGGGCAUUUGCUGGUCAACAAAUUGGUUUCUAUCUUCUCCAGACAUUCUUGCAAAUUAGUUUUUCCAACAGAAUGCAAAAGCUACAUUCUAGCACUGAAGAUAUUAAGAACGAGGCUGAAAGGUGGCUUUUUAAAUCUGGCUUAGUCCAAUGGUUUGUCAUUCUUGUUCUUGGCCAUUAUUUCGAGGUUCAGUCUACCUAUUUGGCACUCAUUUGGUUUGUCUCACCUGCAGUUGCAUAUGGUCUCAUGGAAGCAACAUUAACCCCUUCUCAGCCACCAAAACAGCUCAAUGAUGCCACAUUAAUAAUGGGAUUGACACUUCCUGUUGUAAUCUCUUCUGGUAUCCCAAUUAUGUUAAUUGGGACACUAAUUGGGAACAUGGUUCGAUUCGACAGGAACCCAGGUAAUACUUCAGAAUUGGGCGGGAAUCUGAUCGUUGCGAUAGUUGUUGCUGCUGUAGUUUGUCUUUUCCUGGUGUACCUUCUUUCAUAUAUUCAUAAUUCAGGUGCAAAGGGACAUCUUAUACUUUUUAGCUCUGCUUUGCUUGGUCUCUCCCUAGCUGCAGUAUAUACUGGUGUUGUCCCUGCAUACACAGAUGACAUUUCCCGAACUCUCAAUGUGGUCCAUGUUGUCGAGGCGACAGGAUCAAAUGGAAGUCAGAACAUACAAUCAUACAUUUCUUUGUUUUCCUCCACUCCCGGUAAAUUGACUGAUAUAGUGGAGAACCUCGAGGGCGAAGAGUUCUCUUGUGGAAACAAGACUCUCGACCUUGCAACCUUUUCUGUAGCAUAUGGUUGCCUGAGUUAUCAGAACACGGAAGAAGGGUGGUCUAAAUCAGAAAUUCCUAUACUGAAAAUUAAAAGUGAUAAAAAAGACGACAUUAGGAAGACAAGGGUGUUGCUCGAUACCAAGCUUUCACACCGUUGGGUGCUCGCUAUCAACACUGAAUAUAUCAGUGACUUCUCUUUCGCAGUCGGCUCCAACAAAUUGGUUCCUAACGAUGAGAAAAGCUCUGUAAAUGGAUGGCAUAUUAUUCAAUUCGCUGGAGGGAAGAACUCACCGACAAAGUUCUAUUUGAAUCUUGUCUGGUUAAAUACUUCGAAGACGCACGAACAAGAUGAAAAUUCUGUACCAUUACUGAAACUAAGAACAGAUUUGAACAGAACCACCCCGAAAACUGCAAGUGUUCUUGGGAAACUUCCAUCUUGGUUCUCUUUGUUCGGUAAAUCCACUGCUCCUUAUACAUUUUCUUUUGUAUCCAGCCUCCCGGUCAACUUCGAAAAUAAUCUCCGGGCUGAUACAUGAUCAAUGUAUCUUUUCUCGCAACUUCUCCGGGAGUUCUAAUAUUAAGAGUACUUGUUAUAAAUAAAAAUGUAUCUCAUUGUAGCUGCUUCUUAGCUACAAUGCAUGAUCUGUAAACUACCUUGAUGCUUAUGGCUUCCACUUUCUAAUGAACAGAAUGGCUAUUGGAAAUCAUAU